CCAACCUCCUCCUCCUCCUCCUCCUCCUCCUCCUAUAUCCCAACUACUGACUCCCAACUCCGGCAAUGUUGGCCCGGCGGUCCGCCCACAAACUCCCCAACCCGAUCUCUGCCGGCCACCGCUCCCCCUUACGUAGUCCGGCGAGCCCACUGGAACGAAAUCCCCUCUCCCCUAAAGGAUGGAAGAAGAGAGAUUCGGACGGCGUCGGGCUUAGUAUAGUCCCAAAGCUCGAAACUUUCGCCGGAGAGCGGCGGCGGAUGCUCUUUGUCGGCUCGGAGGUGGACUGCCAUGGAAAACGGUCGGUGGCCGCCGGCGGAGAAUUUCCGGCGGCUGAUUUCCUUAGUUGCUGCUAUCUGUGCAGGAAAAAAUUGCAGGGGAAAGAUAUCUAUAUGUACAGAGGGGAGAAGGCAUUUUGCAGCAUGGAGUGCAGAUACGAACAGAUUGUAACGGAUGAGUUUCUAAAUAAAAAGGGGAUUUUGAAGUUUUGAGAAGGGCUGAUUUCUCGGGCACUUUCUUCUCCGGCAACAGCGGUGGCGGCCGGCCGUGGUUCGCCGGAGUUACGGCGGCGUAGUUAUGAGGAUGAGACAGAAGUGAUGUGACGGAACUAUGAAAAGCAGGAAUAUUACCAAGCUAUUUUAGGGAAAUUUUUGGCCUUUUGGGUACUGUAAUUAAAAAUUCUUCUUUUGAAGCUUGAUUAGUAGUCUGUAAUGGGAAUUGGACACUUCAACUACCAAGAUCUGGCCUAAAUUAUAUAUAUUUUUUAACAAAUAUAUGUAUUGUUUUUCGGGUUAUAAGUUUAUAUAA